AUGGCAUCUGUCCUUGCGUAUCCGAGGGAUCUCUACGACUACGUGUGGUCGUUCCGAGACACACGUAUAGACGCAUGGUCCAGCAACGUCAUCAAGGGCAGUUUCGUGUUACCGCUGAUCAUCAGUUACGUGUACGUAGCCAAGGUAGCCGGCCCUCGGUGGAUGAAAGGUCGCGAGCCUUACAACGUCAAGCGAGGUAUCCUUGCGUACAACGCGUUCACCGUGCUCGCAAACGCUUACUUCCUGUACCGGAUGCUGCCGCUGACGUACUUCGGCGGCGGCUACAGCUUCCUCUGCCAAGGGAUGGGCACCAACAGCGAGCGCGACAUGAUGGUCAUCAGCCUGAACUGGUGGUACCUCUUUGUACGCAUCGCCGACUUCGCAGACACCAUGUUCUUCGUGGUCCGCAAGAAGUACACCCACAUCACCCAGCUUCACGUAUCGCACCAUGCUCUGGUCGUAUUCAGCGGAUGGUUGUGGAUCAACUUCGGUAGCGACGGUCAGGCCGUGCUCGGCAUCUGCAUCAACGCCUUCGUCCACGUCAUCAUGUACACGUACUACUUCCUGGCGGCCCUGGGUCCGGGCCUGCAGAAGUAUCUCUGGUGGAAGAAGUACCUGACCACUAUUCAGAUCUUGCAACUGGUGGCGGUCUGCACUCACUCGUCUCUGCCUCUCAUUUUCGACUGUAGCUACCCUAAAGCGCUGUGCUACCUGGAGAUGGCACAGCUCGUGCUGGGCAUCGUACUGUUCGUGAACUUCUACUUGAAGACUUACAGGGUUGGUGGGAGGUCAGGCCCUCCACUGGCAGAAGUGUCGAAGGAAAAAGAUCGAUGAAACACUGCACAAUGUCUGGCAAAACUAAAACUGCGUUUACCGAUCUAGCGGUGCGUUUCAGGACGCCAGAUAUGUGAACUUGAGUGCCAGAAUGGUUCAGAAACCGUGUUUCCGGUGGUGAUCUCGCGUGACGAUAGUCUGAUGUCGCUUUUUUGUCGCAUCGUGACUG